AUGCAGCCACUUUCAGCUAGUAAACCACUACCAGGUGCAAAAGUCAUAAUUAGAAAAGCUCCUCCGAAAUUUAUAUUGACACCUUCUCAAAAGGCAGAUAUCAAAGAAGCAUUUGAUCUGUUCGAUGGAAAAGGUAUUGGUAAGAUCGACAUGAAAGAUUUUAAAGUGGCAAUACGAGCAUUGGGAUUCGAACCCGGCAAAGAAGAAAUACGCAAAAUGGUGUCCGAAAUAGACAAACAAGGAACGGGACAAAUAUCUUUCGAUGACUUCUCGUAUUUAUUGGCUACUAAGAUGUCUGAGAAGGAUUCAAAAGAAGAUUUACUGAAGGCUUUUAGAUUAUUUGAUGAAGAAAAAUCAGGUUACAUAACGUUCUAUAAUUUAAAGACGAUAGUUACGGAAUUGAAUGAAAAUUUGACAGAUGAAGAAAUACAAGAAAUGAUCGACGAGGCAGAUAGAGAUGGGGACGGUAAAGUUAGUCAAGAUGAAUUUUUAAAAAUAAUGAAUAGAGAAGUGUUAUGA